AUUUGGGAUUCGCACACCGAAUUCGGAUGACUAACCUUCAUCCGGUAAAUUUAAGGACAUAACGCCGAAAACGUGGAGAAGGACAAAAGCUGGCCUUUUUUCUUUCUCACUUUUAGAUCUCAUAAUCCGCUUUCCCACCUGUCAGCACAAUGGCCACAAAUCAGCAGCAAAAGCAGGCAAGAAGACGAUUGCGACAAUUGGGAAAGGCUUUGUCAGAGACGCAAGCCGGCUGGUCCGACUCUGAAGAAGACAGCGAUCUUAUUCACGAAGUUAAUGUCAAGUCUGUUCGCAUCGGCGACGUCGUGAUGCAAGUUACGCCGCCAGAGAAUCCCGAGCUUGUUCCGGAGCACGAAAGUCCUUUUUAUGAGAACUCGCAGGAAAUUUUAAGACAUUUGCGAUGGAUGAUGCAAAAGGAUAAGCUCGGUCAAGAUAUCUUUUUGAUCGGUCCGCCUGGUCCUCUCCGUCGAUCAUUAAUAAUGAAAUACGCCGAAAUGACACAACGCGAAAUCGAAUAUGUCGCAUUAUCUAAAGAUGUCACCGAUGCUGAUCUGAAACAACGCCGAGAAUUACAAAAUGGCACAUCUUUUUAUGUGGAUCAGGCAGCUGUGCGUGCUGCCAUCCAUGGACGCAUUCUGGUCUUGGAUGGCAUUGAAAAGGCAGAGCGCAACGUGCUUCCAAUUUUAAACAACUUGCUCGAAAACCGAGAAAUGGGAUUGGAUGAUGGCCGAUUUUUGACAACGAAGGAUGUAAAGGAUGCUGCGGGCUACAGCAAGUUUGAGAAAGUCAGCGACCGAUUCUUGGUAUUUGCGUUAGGUCUGCCUGUACCCCCGUAUGUCGGUUAUCCAUUGGAUCCCCCGUUGCGAUCGCGUUUCCAAAGCCGUGAUGUCCGCGCGCCUCAUUACACUACCCAAGUAAACCAGAUCAUGACACUUACCAACAACAAGGCCCCUCGUGAUUUGGUCGAACGACUUGUAUCCAUUAGCUCAGUCCUGAGUGUACAGCCUGACAAAAGCGCUGCUCGUGAGAUCGAUGUACCUGAAUUCCCCAUGACCGUCGAGACACUGGCCAGCUUGUUAGCUGUAUUGCCACAUGCACAUCCACGUUUCUUUGUGGAUUUGCUCUAUCCUUACCCUAUGCUGCCAACGUGCGACCUCGAACAGCUGGGCGUCAUUGAAUCCGCUUAUCGCCGUUUUGGUGUGCGUGGACGCGUGGUCGAGGCACACGAAGAAGUUACCCAAACCUUCUCUGGAUAUCAACUUGCCAAUAUUGAAGCUCACAAGCCCGUUAUUUCUAUUGAUGAGAGCUACCAAGUUCAUCGUGCUAUUGCUACCUUUUCACAUGUGAAUCAAACAGCAUUGGGAUUGCCCGUCUCGAGUGGCCCCAAUCCAUUCAGUCCCGCCGAAUUCUUCGUCGAGACGCCAUAUCAUCGCGAGAUCUUUACGUCGAUGGUUCUUGUGCAUGCUGGCGGUCAUGAUAUUUGUUUGGUGGGCACCCACAAGGGUGUUGGCAAGUCUGCCCUGGUUCGUCAUUUUGCACGAAACCUUGGUUACACCAUCGACUACAUUCCUCUGUACAGAGACAUGUCAUCCCGCGAUCUGCUUCAACGGCGUUCGACUACACCUCAGGGUGACACCGUGUGGGAUAACUCGCUCUUGGUCGAAGCUGCGAUCCAUGGUCACUUGGCAGUUCUGGAUGGUAUCGAAGCUUUGUCGUACGGCACUUUGAACACUUUGCAGCGCCUUGUUUGCGAACGUGAAAUGCAGCUUCCUGACGGAACACGCUUGAUCAAUGCCCAUCGCUACGAGAAGCUGAUGAAGAAAAAUAAAAUGACAAUCGAAGAGCUUGACGCUAAGCGUUUGGUGCCCAUCCAUCCUUCAUUCCGCAUCAUCGCUCUUGCACGUGCUGGUGUGAGUGGUCAAAGUGAUACCCAAGCAGGCUCCUGGCUGACGGCCGAAAUUCUCUCCAUGUUCCAUUUCGUUGUUGUCGACAGUCUUCCCUCUCAGGAGGAACAAGAGGUGCUCAAAACGCUCUCACCUGGCGUCAAUGAGUCCAAGCUGCAUCAAUUGCUUACUUUUGCGCGUCGCCUUCGUCGUGAAAAGGAUGAUACAAUCCGAAUGCUUUCAAGCGCAUUAUCGACACGCCAAUUGAUUCGCAUUUGUCGCCGUCUUGCAUAUUUCGAAGACGAAGAUCUAUACAAGGCUAUCCACAAAGCAGCUCUUUCCCGGUUCAUGCCUGUUGCUGCAAAGACAGUUCUGCACGAACUGAUGAUCGCCAACGGCAUUUACCCACCCAAGAAUGAAGCCCGUUUGGAAGACCUUCAGAUAGAACUCCUGCCAUCCCGCCAGAACCCUGAACAAGUCAGAAUCGGCAACGUGAUUGAAUCUGUGUUUAAGGGUGGCGAUCCUAUGCUUAUUCCCAACGUUGUUUUCCAUGAAAAUCCUGCCCAUACCGAAAUUCUCCGCGAAAUGCUCAAGGACUAUCAGCUCGGUGACCACUUGUUGCUGAUCGGUAAUCAAGGUGUCGGCAAGAACAAGCUUGCUGACUAUUUCUUACAAUUGCUUCAGCUUCCUCGCGAGUACAUUCAGUUGCAUCGUGACAGCACUGUGCAAAGUCUGACCACCACUCCUGCUAUCCGUGAUGGUGUUCUCAUCUUUGAAGAUUCACCUCUUGUCAAGGCUGUUCGUGAUGGCACUAUCUUGGUUAUCGAUGAGGCUGAUAAGGCUCCUACCUAUGUUACUGCAGUAUUGAAGAGUUUGGUUGAAGACGGCCAAAUGGUUUUGGGAGACGGUCGUCGCAUUGUCGCCAAGGAGUCCGAUGUUCAAGAUGGUGAUCGCUAUCUGCUUAUCCAUCCUAAUUUCCGCAUGAUUGUUCUCGCCAACCGUCCGGGAUAUCCCUUCUUGGGUAACGAUUUCUAUCGCGAAAUUGGUGAUGUUUUUAGUUGUCAUGCUGUUGAUAAUCCGGACAAGGCAUCAGAGAUGUACUUGCUUCGCAAAUACGGCCCUGAUGUUCCAGAGGAUAUGCUCGAAAAGCUCUCGAGCGCAUUUACAGAUUUGCGUAAGCUUGUUGAUGAGGGUCUGAUUACAUAUCCAUAUUCCACUCGCGAGUUGGUCAAUAUUGUACUCCAUUUACAAAAUUAUCCAGGCGAAGGCAUUUCCAAGAUCAUGCAGAACGUGUUUGAUUUUGAUCAGUAUGAUCAAGCGUCGAAGGAAAUGCUUAUUGAAAUUUUUGAAAAGCAUGGUAUCCCCGUCGGUUUGGAGUCUGAAUUUACCAUGAACCUCGGUGAAAUCGUGGAAUUGGGCGAGCCGCUGUUGAGCGAACGAUGGAGCCGUGUCGAUCAAGCUGCCAAGGCCGAAGUCAAGGUGGAGACCGCUGCUAUGGCUAUCCGGGGCGGUUGGGAACUAGACGUAGGCAAAAAGUGGAAGCAAUUGGAUCGAAAGGAAGGUCGAUCCGUCACCUUCUCGGAACAACUGUACAACUUUACUAUUCCAACCCGAGGCGAGGCAUUAGAUAUUGCUGCUUUGGAUGAUGGAUCUCUUUUCGCCGUCACUACGAACCCUGUUACGCUUCAUCAUGUCGAUCCUCGCCAUCAGCGUGUGGACAGCUUGGAUCUUUACGAAUACUUCCCUCUGCAAAGAGCUCCUCCACGUCUUCGUAUUGCUGUUAUCCGUGUGAAGGGCUUUGUCAAGUACUUGGCAUUGCAUAAUCCGUCCAACAAUGAAUUGCUAUGCUGCGAUUUCAACAAGAAGACUGUGACUUCUGUGGUGCUUCGUGGAAUGGAACCUGUCAAGUCAGUAAUGUGUGACGAAUUGAGCUCGCUCGGUAUCCUUGUUUUCUAUCAAGAAGAUAAGGCUGGUGUUGCUGUUCUCGAUUUCAACACUUCCCAGCAACAUACCCUUACGUUGCCAACUCGCAUCGAACAACUUCUUGUUGUUGAGCCAAACCUCUGGUUUGCCCGUGGUAGCCGUGAUGCCAAGACGUACGCCUUUUACUCUAUGAAUGAUGGCAUCCCUUCUGUCCUCGAACCCAUCGAAAUUCUUGGUCAAAAUGGUCAACCUGUUGGUGAGCUUGCCAACGUUUUCUGGCAUGAGUUUGCACUUGGAUAUAAGUUUGCACAAAAUGCAAAGGCGCAUAAGUUCGGUACUGUUCUGCAAGGCUGCAACCAUGACAACUUUAUCAACAAAUCUGGCCCUGUCGAUCUUUUGGCAUACCUUAUAAGUGGACCUGUUGAGGAAGUACCCAAGCGUAUCAAGGGCUGUGCCUUGUACUUGACCCGAUCUCAGCAAAUGGCGGUCAUCAAGCCAUCUGCCGACGGUCGUCCUGAAAGCUUUUUGGAUAUUAUCAACCCCGCCCGUAACCAAGUAUGGCGCAUCAAGAUGCCUUUGGCUGACAUGAGCAACAUUGAUGCCGAAUACCCGGCCGCAACUUUUGCCCGCUUCCAAGUGGAACGCCAUGUUGCAUCCAUGUGUGAACUUAACAACGGUAACUUGGUUACCAUGGAUGCUUCUGGUAUCGUACGCGUGUGGCAAGUCCAAUCUACCGACUUAUACAACGCUGCACAGACCUGGAAGCAGAUGGUCGGCGUAGAUCAGAACGCAUUGUCCAUUAUCUAUGAAACUGACAAGGAUCAAGAAGAAGCAAACGGUCAAGUUGGUGAGCACACUGGCGAAGCUGGCAAAGGACAGGGCAAAGGCGAAGGCAAAGGUAAAGGCAAUGGAAAAGGUCAAGGCUCUGGCGGCGGUCAGGGUGCUGGUGACGGCAGCAAUGGCGGUGACGGCGGAGAAAGCCAGCAAGGUGCAAGCGGUGGCGGCGGCAGUGGCGCAGGCGCUGGAUUGAACGAAGGUGGUCGUGAUGAAGCAACUUUUGAAGACAUUGAGAAUCUCAAACUGCGCACUGCAAGUGAUCAACCGGAAACCGUGGGCGAAGCGCAAAGAGAAAUGCACGAGCAAUCGAUGGAAAAAAUGUUGAAAAAGCUUGACAUGACCCACGGCGAUUACACGGUAUUUCAAAAAUACAUGGAAAAUGUGCGCCGCGAAAUUCGUGAAUUGCGCGUUAUUCUCGAAAGCGCUGAAGCCAAAAACAAGGAACGUGUGUGGUUGAAAAAUCAAACAUCUGGUGACCUUGAUGAUACCAAAAUUAUUGAAGGAUUGACAGGUGAACGUGCCAUCUACCGGAAACGCGGUGAAGAUGAUCCUGAAAUUGGCCUGUUCCAAGAUAAGCCCAAGCGCAUGAAAUUCGUUUUUGACUUAUCAGCUAGUAUGUACCGGUUCAACACGCAUGACCGCCGUCUCGAACGAUCACUUGAAGUAGCACUCAUGCUGAUGGAAUCCUUCCGUGGUUUCGAACACAAGUUCGCUUACAGUAUCAUUGGUCACAGUGGUGAUGGUGCUAAUAUCGAAUUUGUUGUACCCGGCAAAUAUCCCAAGACCGAAAAGGAAGAGUUCGAGAUCAUUAACAAAAUGCGAGCACACUCUCAAUACUGCUUAAGUGGAGAUAACACUCUUGGUGCAGCAUCUCAUUCUGUUAAAGAGAUUGUCAAGGAAGAAGCUGACGAUUACUUUGUCGUCGUUCUUUCUGAUGCUAAUAUCACUCAAUACAAUAUCCACCCCAACGACAUUGCUCGUGUUCUGAAAUCGGACGACCGAGUCACUGCCCAAAUGAUUUUCAUUGGCUCUCUUCAGGAUCAAGCUGAACGGUUGAAGCAAGCUCUUGGUAGCCAAGCCCAUGUUUGCUCAGAAAACAAGGACCUUCCUAAGAUUAUGAAGGCAAUGUUCUUGUCUUCUAUGCUUAAGUAGAUGUCGUUUUAGAAAAAUGUAAUUUUACCUUUUAAUAUACGUAGCUUUCCUUUUAUUUAUCUGUAGAACAUAUAAAUUUUAUGAUUUGUUUUUUCUUUUAGCUGUUGUAAAUGAC